GUGGCCCAGGGGCAUGAGCCACGAGCGGACAGACAGCAGCCCCUCAUCCGAGGCCUCGCUGCCCUCCCAGCUGAGCACCAUCGCCCCGGAGGACCUGGGGCUCCUGGAGGAAGAGUUGGCCAGCCCCGAGUCCCUGAGCCCGGAGGAGGUCUCGGAGAAGGAUGCGUGCAGCCGCCUGCCAUCCGAUGCAUCCAACCCGGAGCAGGGCACCCUGAAGCGCUGGAAGCAGCUGGAGCAGUGGGUGGCCGGCCUGCAGGCUGAGGUGGCGUCCCUGCGGGGACACAGGGCCCGCUGCGAGCAUGCCACGCUGAGCCUGCUGCGGGAGCUGCUGCAGGUGCGGGCCUGCCUGCAGCUGCAAGAUGCACAGCUGAAGAGGCUGCAGCUGGAGGCGCGGCAGGUGGUUCCAGCCCCCGAAAAGGAAGCCAUCCAGCUCCCUGGCCCACAGCAGCAGAACCAGAUGCAGGCUCUGGACAAGAGGCUGGUGGAAGUCCGGGAGGCCCUGACCCAGGUCCGGAGGAAGCAGGCGCUCCAGGACUCCGAGCGGAAGGGCGCCGAGCAGGAGACCAGCCUCAGGCUGUCCGAGCUGACUGGGAAGCUGAAGCAGGAGGAGCAGGACCGCGAGGUGGCCUGCGGGGCCCUGCAGAAGAGCCAGGAGGAGGCGGGCCAGAAGCUGGACCACCAGGUGGCCAGGAUGCAGGCCCAGAUGACCAAGCUGGGGGAGGAGAUGAGCCUCCGCUUCCUCAAGAGGGAGGCCAGGCUGUGCGGCUUCCUGCAGAAGAGCUUCCUGGCCCUGGAGAAGAGGAUGAAGGCCUCGGAGAGUGCACGGCUGCGGGCGGAGAGCGCCCUGCGGGAGGAGCUGGAGAGCAGGUGGCGGCAGCUGCAGGAGCUGGACAAGGAGCGCGUGCGGGCCCAGCAGGACCAGUGCCAGCAGGAAGAGUGCCACCUCCUGGAGCAGUGCCGGGGCCUGGACAAGGCCGUGGUCCAGCUGACUGAGUUCGUGCAGCAGAACCAGGUGUCGCUCAACCGCGUCCUGCUGGCCGAGCAGAAGGCCUGGGAUGCCAAGGGGCAGUUGGAGGACAGCCGGGCUGGAGAGCUGGCCACCUACCUGCAGGAGAACCUGGAGGCCAUGCAGCUGGCCGGGGAGCUGGCCCAGCAGGAGACACACGGCGCCCUGGAGCUGCUCCGAGAGAAGAGCCAGGCCCUGGAGGUGUCCGUGGCUGAGCUGGUCAGGCAGGUGAAGGACCUGAGUGACCACUUCCUGGCCCUGAGCUGGCGGCUGGACCUGCAGGAGCAGACGCUGAGCAUGCGGCUGCAGGAGACACAGAAUGAGUGGGAAGCCGCAGAGCAGCGGUGGCGGGGAGGCCUGACGCGCUGUCGAGAGGAGGCGGAGGCGCGCCUGCGGGAGGUGCAGCAGCGACUGGACCGCCUGCCACAGCAGAUAGAGGCUGUCACUGACAAGUGUGUGCUUCACAAGAGCGACUCGGACUGCAAGAUCUCUGCCGAGGCCACAGCCAGAGAGCUGGCAGUCGAGGCCGUGAGGCAGGAGCUGGCUGCCCUGCUGUCCUCCGUGCAGCUGCUCAGAGAGGGCAACCCCGGGCGCAAGAUCGCCGAGAUCCAGGGCAAGCUGGCCACGUUUCAGAACCAAAUGAUGAAACUGGAGACCAGCAUCCAGGACAAUAAGACCAUCCAGAAUCUCAAGUUUAAUACAGAAACCAAGCUGCGCGCGGAGGCGAUGGCCAUUCUGCGGGAGAGCGUGCUGCGCCUGUGGAGCGAGGAGGGCCCCUGGGCCCCGACGCUGGGCAGCAGGAGGGGCCCCACGUCCCUGGAGCGGCAGCAGCUCUUUGUCAAGGAGGUGGCCCCCGACGACGUGGUCCCUGUGAACCGCUGGGGCGUGUAUCAGGCCGUGAGGUGGCUACAGUGGAAGGCGGUUCUCAUGAAUCUGGCAUCCCAGCAGACGCCCAGGAGCGCGGCCCCGGAGAAGCCCCUCGGCCAGAAGUCUGCCCGCCGACUCUCAUCCCUGCCCGUUCCCCAGAAAUAAAUGUGCCCGCCCCAUUCC